GUUUGUUUGUUUUGGUAGACAAAGACACAAUCCAUUUCCCCAUCAAAUCCCAGCCGUUUUUCUGCUGCUCUUGCAGGUACAGCAACCACCAGCCUUGUUCCUCCCUACAUUUCAUUGUGAUCACACAUACUAAGUUACUAACAGUGGCCAACCAAAAGCAAUGUCUGAUCAAUCCGAUGUCAUAGUAGACAAUCUGGAGAUGCUCACCCAAAAGCAACAACCAUAUUCUAGCGGCGAACCAUCACAACAGGAACAUCAACAAAAACAACAACAAAAACUAGUUGCAGGUUGGGAUGCCAACAAGAACAGCACACUCCUUGUGGUAGCCACGCUGAUCACAACGCUCACAUAUCAAAUCGGAUGCAACCCACCUGGUGGAUUCUGGCAAGAGAGCGGUAAAGACAAGAACGGCAAAGAACACGAGGCGGGAGCCCCCAUCAUGCGUGACUUAUACCCGGAGAGGUACUGGCUCUUCAUGACUGCUGCCUGGGUUGGCUUCGGUGACUCCAUGUUGCUCACCCUCUGGCUUCUCGGCAACGCACCCGUGAGCUCACGCCGUGUGCGCUGGUCCUUCAUCGUUGCCUACUCCAGUCUCCAACUCACCUACAUCUCCGCCAUGUUUGGAACCUCACUCAUUAUUGACUUGGCCACUUGGGCUGGUGUUAUGAUUUUCUUGACUUUCGUUGUUGGACUUGAGAAAGAAGGUCAAAAGUACAUGCUGCACAACUCACCUUGCUGUGAAAAGCUCUGGCAUUACUUGGAGUCUUUUCAGCAGGAAUCAUCUGAUGCCGCUCAGAAGAUCAAGCGUUCCCUCAACUUCCUGAGUUCUAGAUCCACCGAUCCCAUAGAUAUCCUCAUUCAUGAUGAGGAUAUCAGUUUUAUUAUUGUUGUUUUUCUAUUCGAGAUGGGAAACAACUUGUACCCUCGAGUUUUAAGUGGCUCUUCGUCACCGCCGCCUAAGUUGGGUUUCUCAGCAAGGCUCCCAAGCAUAACAAUCAUGUCUCAAACAUCCGAUCAAACCACAAUUGUCAUCUCCCCCCAAAACUCACCCCUUCCAUCCCAAGAUCAACAUCAACAACAACAACAACAACAACAAAGGCAGCAGCUGCAGCAGAAACAGCAGCACAUUGGGUGGGAGGGCAACAAGAGCGGCACUCUCCUAGUGGUGGCCACUCUCAUCACCACCCUCACCUACCAGAUCGGAUCCAACCCACCGGGUGGGUUUUGGCAAGAUGACAACAAUGGGCAUGAAGCUGGCUCGCCCAUCAUGCGUGACAAGCACCGCGUAAGGUACUGGCUCUUCAUGACUGGCGCCUGGGUUGGCUUCAUUGAUUCCAUGCUGCUUACCCUCUGGCUCCUCCUCGGCAUGCCUGUGAGCUCCUGCCGAGUGCGCUGGUCCUUCCUCAUCGCUUACUCGAGUCUUCAACUCACGUACGUCACUGCAGUGUAUAGUACCCCUCUCGUCUUCGACUUGAUCACUUGGGUUGUUAUCGUUUUCAUUCUCGCUAUUGGGAUUGGAAGGCGUGAGUUGAAUUGGUUGGGAUUUAAGUGCUUGUUUUUCUUUACUGAGCCAACGGUAUUGGUUAAUCCUUCUGCCUACUACCCCUCCCAAACCAUGCAUAUAUAUCCCCAAAGCAUAACAAUCAUGUCUCAAACAUCCGAUCAAACCACAAUUGUCAUCUCCCACCAAAACUCACCUCGUCCAUCCCAAGAUCAACAACAACAACAACAACAACAACAACAACAAAAACAUGAAGGGCAGCAGCAGCAGCAGCAGCACAUUGGGUGGGAGGGCAACAAGAGCAGCACUCUCCUAGUGGUGGCCACUCUCAUCACCACCCUCACCUACCAGAUCGGCUCUAACCCUCCGGGUGGGUUUUGGCAAGAUGACAACAAUGGGCAUGAAGCUGGCUCGCCCAUCAUGCGUGACAAGCACCGCGUUAGGUACUGGCUCUUCAUGACUGGCGCCUGGGUUGGCUUCAUUGACUCCAUGCUUCUUACUCUCUGGCUCCUCAUCGGCAUGCCUGUGAGCUCUUGCCGAGUGCGCUGGUCCUUUCUCAUCGCUUACUCGAGUCUUCAACUCACGUACAUCACUGCCGUGCAUGGUACCCCUCUUAUCUUCGACUUGAUCACUUGGGCUGUUAUCGUUUUCAUUCUCGCUAUUGGGAUUGGAAAGCGUGAGAUGAAUUGGUUGGGAAUCUUGGGAUGCAAGUGCUUGUUUUUCUUUACCGAGCCAUCGAGCAUUAAUGUCAACCCCACUCUUAUAUUCCUCUUAUAUAUAUAUAUAUAUAUAUAUAUCAACAUACCCCUCCCAACCAUACCCCAAAACAUAACAACCAUUAUGUCUCAAACAACCGAUCAAACCACAGUUGACAUCUCCCCCAAAAACUCACCUCUUCCAUCACAAGAUCAACAACAUCAACAACAGCAACAACAACAAGCAGAAGAGCAGCAGCAGAGACAACACCACCGUGGCUGGGAGGGCAACGAGAGCAGCACUCUCCUAGUGGUGGCCACUCUCAUCACCGCCCUCACCUACCAGAUAGGCUCUAACCCUCCAGGUGGGUUUUGGCAAGAUGACAAUGGCCAUGAAGCCGGAGCUCCCAUCAUGCGUGACAAGCACCGCAAGAGGUACUGGCUCUUCAUGACUGCCGCCUGGGUUGGCUUCGGUGACUCCAUGUUGCUCACCCUCUGGCUCCUCACCGGUGCGCCCGUUAGAUCACGUCGAGUGCGCUGGUCCUUCGUUGUUGCUUACUCGAGCCUUCAACUCACGUACAUCACUGCCAUGCAUGGGACCUCUCUUGUCAUGGACUUGCUCACUUGGGACUGGGAUCAUGUUCGUUUUGUUUCUUGUUAUUGGGAUUGAGAAGCGUGAGAGGAAUAAGUUGGGAUUGAGGUGCUUGUCUUUCUUUACCGAGCGCCCAUUGGUUAAUCCUUCUGCCUAGUUCUUGUUGCUGUUGUUGUUGUUGCUGUUGCUGUUGUUGUUGUUGUUGUUGGGCUUUUCCUUUCUUCUUCUUCUUCUGAAUUCUUUUUUCCUCAUUUUGUGUAGGUGUUUAAUUAAUGAUAUGUGGUGAGCGUUUGCAAUUGUUAAUUAUUUUUAUUGAAUUUAUUUGGAUUUAAAUACUAGUCUUGACUCAGGUUUGGGGAAGACUUGGUAUUUAAUUAAUUGGAGUCCUUCACUUGUAC